AUGAGCAUGAAAGAGGAGGCGAAGCGUGAAAUGAAACUUCUCGUGAGCUUCGUGGCCAUGGUCUUCGUGGGUCUUGGCAACAAAAUCUUCCAGAAACUGCAAACAAUACCUAUGCACAAUUAUCCAGCAUUUUUAAAUCUACUCACAACAUUUGUUUACAUACCAAUUAGCUUUGCGUACAUUCUACCGAUGAUCAAGUAUGGCAGCGCCAUCACGUGGGAACAGCAGAACAUUCCAAAGAGCAAGUUUGCUGUAAUGGGUGGACUUGACUCGAUCGCUGGAAUUUUACAAGUAUUUGCUGCCACUUAUUUAAGUGGGUCGCUUAUUAUUUUACUCGGUCAAGCUGCCAUUCCUAUCUCGAUGCUUAUCUCUGGCCUGCUACUUAAGGCUAAGUACUCGGGAUAUCAGUAUGUGGGUGCAGUGGUUGUCACAUUGGGUCUUCUUAUCGUAUUGGGAUCAGGAAACUCUAGUAGCAGCUCAAGUGUUAACCCACAUAUUGCUGUGUUGUGGUCAAUAAUUAUGAUCUUCAGCUGCGUCCCGAUGUGUUUGUCCAGCGUCUAUAAAGAGAAAACACUUGGAGAGGUGAAGCUUGACGCUGUCUACCUGAACGGCUGGAUAGCUGUGUUCCAAUUUUUGUUUGCAGUUCCGUUGACAUUUCCUGCAUCUUUGGUCGGAGACCACCCUGUUACUCCUCGAGAGCUUCCACAAAAUAUGUACAACGGCAUGAAGUGCUAUUUUGGACAGAAUACGAUCACCGACGGUCCACACAAGGACAACUGCGAGAAGGCGACAAUUUACGUAACAGCGUAUUUAAUAUUUAACGUGACGUAUAAUCUUUUGAUUAUUCUGAUUCUCAAGUUUGGUAGCGCCAACAUUCUUUGGCUGGCAAUGACUAUUAUGGUUCCUCUCGGAAACGUUGCAUUCACGUUUCCUUUUAUGCCAGAGCAUCAGCCAUUGCACGCAAAGGAUAUAGCUGGCUUGCUGUUCAUCAUGUUGGGUCUGUUCGUGUACCGAUUCCUGGAAGAUUUGAUGGUCUCCUGGAACAAGCUCAAGUCGAAUACCUUAGAUGAAAAGGUUUCAGCUGAUGAUGACCUCAAACGGGCGCUCAUUAGUAGCGACGGUAACAGUAGUGAUGAAUUCGAAUGA